AUGACAGAAACAGGUGUAGAUUCAUUUGCCAAUAACUCAGUGAUUGUUGAUGAUGAUGAACCAAUGAUUGUUGGUGAUGGUCAACGAGUUUAUAGUCGAACAAUCAUUCGAAGCAAGGAUAAAGUACUUAAUCCUGUUAACAAUGAACCUAUCGUUGUUGAAAAAGGAGUCCAUGGAACGAUCGUCACGGUGAAUCGAGCAAAGCAUUACGCUUUUCUCAAACGUAAUGAUAAAAAUCAAUACAAAGACAUAUUUGCUCGAGAAGCAUCGCUUAUCAACCAAUCUUAUCAAGGAAAAUUUUUCUUAUCGGAUAAAUGUAAAUUCGAUGUAAUCAAAACAAUUAAAGGUCUUGAAGCUGUUAAUAUUCAAAUAACAGAGAGAAAUAUCAAGAGUAUUUCUCAAUUGCCAAAGAUACCAAAAAAAAAAAAAGAAAGUAAUGAACAACAAAUGGAACUAUUGAAAGAUGUCUUCAAAUCAGCAAUGUAUGAUUUAAUUAAUUUUUUAUUUGGCUUAAAUUAA